GCGUAAAACUUUAUUGCAUGCGCUUUCGUGCGAGAUAUUACUGUCGUUGAAUACUCGGUUGCAUUUCCUUUCGAUUUUGGUUUUGCUUCUGCAGUUUGGGCGAUGUCGUACUCCAGAAGGUCUAGGUACUCCCGCUCUCCUUCAUACAAACGAUCGGUCUCAAGGUCCCUGUCAAGGUCAAGGAGCCGUUCAAGGAGCCCUUCUAGUGACGUUGAAAAUCCUGGUAACAAUUUGUACGUCACUGGUUUGUCACAUAGAAUUACAAGGAGAGAACUCGAGAAGCAUUUUUCUGCUGAAGGCACAGUGCUAGAUGUUCAUCUCGUGACUGAUCCAUGGACUAGAGAAUCCCGUGGUUUUGGAUUCAUUACCAUGUCUAGUAAUGAUGAGGCUGAACGUUGCAUCAAAUAUCUAAAUCGAUCUGUACUUGAAGGUCGAUUAAUCACCGUGGAGAAGGCUCGAAGACGGAGAGGUAGAACUCCGACUCCAGGGAGAUAUUUUGGACUUAGAACAGUCUGUGUGAGACGUAGAUUGCGCAGCUACUCUUCUCGACGUUCUCCCAGCUACUCUCCUUAUAGCAGGAGCUUGAGCUGUUCGUCUAAUUAUUCAUCUGACCGUAGCAGGAGCAGAUCCCAUUCUCCCAAUCGACGCCGAAGAUCAAAUGACUCGCCAUACCGCUAUAGAUCAUACUCCCCUUAUAGCCGCCGAAGAUAUGAUUCUCCAUACUAUAGGCGUCAUAGGUCGUAUUCUCGAUCGCACUCUCCAUGUAGUAGGUCGCCUACCAGGAGACGUGACAGGUCGUAUUCUCGAUCCCACUCUCCAUGUAGUAGGUCGCCUACCAGGAGACGUGACAGGUCGUAUUCUCGAUCCCACUCUCCAUGUAGUAGGUUGCCUACCAGGAGACACGACAGGUCAUACUCACCUUACGACUAUUGCUCCCCUGAUCUAUACUACAGAAGGCACAGGGAUCGGUCAGUUUCUAGGAGUGUCUCACCAAAGGCAAGGGUUUCUAGUAGACGGUAUUCCUGCAGUUAUUCUCCUAGGCACCGUAGAAGCGCCUCGAGGAGUCACUCCCGUAGCAGAAGUUAUUCACGCAGUCUUUCCCCUGAACGAAGCAGGAGAUUCAGGAGCCAUUCACACAGUAUCUCUCCUGAACGAAGGAGCUCGAGGAGUCGCUCUCGCAGCCAUACUCCAAGGCACCAUAAGAGAGGAGGAUAUUCUGGUGGGAGUGGAAGCGUGGCUUCAAGGUCUGUUAGUCCUGCUUGAUUUACUGAUCUACUUGCUACUACCUUGAUGGUCAUGAAUGUUGGUAUUUUUAAUUCACUCACUAUUUUCUAAUUGGAUGAUGUAAAAUUUGGUGCCUGGCCAUUGGCUUGCGGACAGUUAUCGCUUUGCUCUGUUCAUACCAUUCGGUUUGG